CCGACUCGUGCUCGCCACGGCCGCACUACCCCCCAAUCCCCCUCUAUUGACCUCAAGGUGUUCGACCGCGCGCGCCGCCAUGGCCUCCAUCUCCGCCGCCGCCAAGGCCACCUCCGCCGCCUUCGCGCACAAGAAGGAGCUCGCCGCGGCGGUGCCGCCGCAGCAGCUCGCGAGGAGCCGGCGCGCGCGGGCCGGGCGCGUUCGCGCGGUUGCGACGCCGACCCGCGCGCCGCGCUCCCCCGCGUCCACCGGCUCGGUGAAGAGCCCUAUGACGACGACGGAGAAGAUCCUGGCGCGGGCGUCGGAGCGCGCGAGCCUCGAGCCCGGGGAGAACGUGUGGGUGGACGUGGACGUGCUCAUGACGCACGACGUCUGCGGGCCCGGCACCAUCGGGAUCUUCAAGCAGGAGUUCGGGGAGGACGCCAAGGUGUGGGACCGCGAGAAGGUCGUCAUCAUCCCCGACCACUACAUCUUCACCAGCGACGAGCGGGCCAACCGGAAUGUCGACAUCCUCAGGGACUUCUGCGAGGAGCAGAAGAUUAAGUACUUUUACGACAUCAAGGACCUCAGCGACUUCAGAGCAAAUCCGGACUACAAAGGUGUUUGCCACAUUGCGCUCGCCCAAGAAGGUCACUGCCGACCAGGCGAGGUUCUCCUUGGUACUGAUUCUCAUACCUGCAAUGCUGGAGCCUUUGGUCAGUUUGCAACUGGAAUCGGGAACACUGAUGCAGGUUUUGUGAUGGGAACGGGAAAGGCUCUUCUCAAGGUGCCCCCAACCAUCAGGUUCAUAUUAGAUGGAGAAAUGCCACCUUAUUUACUCGCUAAGGAUCUGAUUUUACAAAUUAUUGGCGAGAUAUCUGUAUCUGGUGCAACAUACAGAUCGAUGGAGUUUGUUGGAUCAACAAUAGAAAGUCUAACUAUGGAAGAACGAAUGACACUGUGCAACAUGGUUAUCGAAGCUGGUGGAAAGAAUGGUGUUGUGCCUGCUGAUGAAACUACAUUUAAGUACCUUGAGGGAAAGACAUCUGUUGAAUAUGAACCUGUCUAUAGUGAUGCUCAGGCCAGAUUUUACAGCGACUACCGGUUUGAUGUAUCUAAACUGGAGCCAGUAGUUGCCAAGCCACAUUCCCCUGACAACCGUGCUCUAGCAAGAGAAUGCAAAGAUGUCAAGAUUGACCGAGUCUAUAUUGGUUCUUGCACUGGUGGCAAGACUGAGGACUUCAUUGCUGCUGCAAAGGUGUUCUUAGCUUCGGGCCAGAAGGUUAAGGUUCCCACUUUUCUCGUCCCUGCGACGCAAAAGGUGUGGAUGGAUGUGUAUAGCCUGCCCGUACCAGGAUCUGGUGGCAAAACAUGCUCCCAGAUAUUUGAAGAGGCUGGUUGUGAUACACCAGCUAGUCCCAAUUGUGGUGCUUGUUUGGGUGGUCCUCGUGAUACAUAUGCACGGAUGAAUGAACCUACGGUCUGUGUAUCAACGACGAACAGGAACUUUCCGGGCAGGAUGGGCCACAAGGAAGGGCAGAUCUACCUGGCUUCUCCCUUCACCGCAGCGGCCUCAGCGUUGACGGGAUAUGUCACGGACCCUAGGGACUUCCUGUCUUAGAGAUCUUGAAAACAAUGAAUUUGUGUUGCGGACCGUCCUGUACUGUACUUUUUGUUGGUGUUUGAAACUGUAGUUUAGAUGUCAUCUGUGCUUCCUGCUGAGAAAUAAGUUACUCAACGAGUAGCAGUUGUAACUGAGUAAGGUUUUGUUGUAUUCUUGCUUUUCCAGCAUUACUGAGUGUGCUAUCAGGAACAAACAUAACUAUUACAUCUCCACAGGAAGGACACUAUUCAAGAAUGAUACUGUAUCUUAGUAGA